CCAGAGUCCAGGUAGCAGGGGCGGUGUGAGAAGUGGCCAGAUGGGUCUUCCACACCGGCCUCCAUCCCCACUGAGCAGACGCCCAGCAAACAUCUGUUAUCCCAGAGUCCUCUCUGCCCAAGCAUCUCUGGCUCCGUGGGUGACCGACCACACCGCGGAGAUUCCUGGCAGUUGGUACUGGUCCGUGGCCCUCUUCUCUGCUCUUCAACAAGUGGGCAGACCCACGUAUUGCUGGGGCCUCGUGUAGAAAGCCCCAGCCUGCGAUUCCCCAGGCUUAGACAUCUCACCUUGAUGGGGCGUCUUCGGGGAGCUGCGUGCACGCUCACUGUGACCGUACCUCCCCCGCCCUUAUGUAAUCAGGGAGGUCGGGAGGACAGCAGCUGGCAAUUGCACUUGGAAAAUCUGGAAGCAGUCAGGUCAGGUUGAAUCAAUCAGCAGCCCCACGCCCCAGGCAAACACAGGGGCUCCUUUGGAAGACUGGAUCCGGCCCUGCCCAAGCCUCCACAGACACAUUCUUGCAUUUCUGAUCAGAACAAAAGCAGACAACCCCAGGCCUAAUCCCCCAGACUGGGAGCAGAGGGCCGGAUUACUACACCCCACGUUUGAAAACUGUUUUGUUCUUGUUAUGCAAACUUCCUGGGCAGGGACUCCAAGGGCCCAGGGGGCGGGGAGAAGGGUCCUUAAAUGCAUCCCCUCUAGGCUGAUGCCCAUUCCUGGAGCUCCAGCCCCGGUAGAGCCUGUGUCGAAGGUAACUCUCUUCCCCGUUCUCUUCUCCUAGAAAUCUCGAGCUGCAGCCUGCCCAGGAGCGGGUCCACCUCUGUGGCUGGUCCUCCCCACACCCAGGAGUGUCUUCUGAGAAUCCGCGGCUGGCUGCCCCAAGGGCCCGAAGCUCACGUCUGGCAGCUCUACCACCCCUGCCACAGGGAGCGUGGGUGUGGAAUCACGACCCGUGUCCUUUAAUCUGAUCUGGAGAGUGCCCUGGUUGGGUGUGCAGAGCACUUGGAGUGAUUGCCUGGAGAGUCACCAACUCUGCACGAAGGAACCAUGAGCACAGUCAGCGAGGUGGUGCAGCGGGCCAGAGCCGCCUUCAACGCGGGCAAGACGCGCCCGCUCCAGUGCCGCGUCCAGCAGCUGGAGGGGCUGCGGCGCCUGAUCCGCGAGCGCGAGAAGGACCUCGUGGGCGCGCUGGCCGCCGACCUCCGCAAGAACGAAUGGACCGCCUACUACGAGGAGAUAGUGUACGUCCUGGAGGAGAUCGACUACACGAUCAAGAAACUCCCUGAGUGGGCUGCGGACGAGCCCGUGGAGAAGACCCCCCAGACCCAGCAGGAUGAGUCCUACAUCCACUCAGAGCCCCUGGGUGUGGUCCUCAUCAUUGGCGCCUGGAACUACCCCUUCAGCCUCACCAUCCAGCCCAUGGUGGGCGCCAUUGCUGCAGGGAACGCGGUGGUCCUCAAGCCGUCGGAGUUGAGUGAGAACACAGCGAGCCUGCUGGCCACCAUCCUCCCCCAGUACCUGGACAAGGAUCUGUACCCGGUGAUCAGUGGGGGUGUCCCCGAAACCACGGAGGUGCUCAAGGAGCGAUUCGACCACAUCCUGUACACCGGGAGCACCGGGGUGGGCAAGAUCGUCAUGACGGCCGCGGCCAAGCACCUGACCCCCGUCACGCUGGGGCUGGGGGGCAAAAACCCCUGCUACGUGGACAAGGGCUGCGACCUGGACGUCGCCUGCAGACGCAUCGCCUGGGGGAAAUUCAUGAACAGCGGCCAGGUCUGCGCGGCCCCCGAUUACAUCCUGUGUGACCCCUCCAUCCAGAACCAAAUCGUGGAGAAGCUCACAAAGUCCCUGAAAGAGUUCUACGGGGAGGACGCCAAGAAGUCCCGCGACUACGGGAGAAUCAUCAACUCCCUGCACUUCCAGAGGGUGAUGGGCCUGAUGGAGGGCCAGAAGGUCGCCUACGGGGGCACCGGGGACGCGGCCACCCGGUACAUAGCCCCCACCAUCCUCGUGGACGUGGACCCCCAGUCCCCGGUGAUGCAGGAGGAGGUCUUCGGGCCCAUAAUGCCCAUCGUAUGCGUGCACAGCCUGGAGGAAGCCAUCCAGUUUAUCAGCCAGCGCGAGAAGCCCCUGGCCCUCUACGUGUUCUCCCUAAACGACAAGGUGAUUAAGAAGAUGAUCGCGGAGACUUCUAGUGGCGGGGUGACGGCCAACGAUGUCAUCGUCCACGUCACCGUGCCCUCGCUGCCCUACGGGGGCGUGGGGAGCAGCGGCAUGGGGUCCUACCACGGCAGGAAGAGCUUCGAGACCUUCUCCCACCGCCGCUCUUGCCUGGUGAGGCCUCUGCUGAACGAGGAGGCCCUCAGAGCCAGAUACCCACCGAGCCCGGCCAAGAUGCCCCGUCACUGAAGCGCCGCCCUGGCCUCGCUGUGCUGCGCCCUUGGAUGGCUGCUCCUGGCACCCUUCUUGCUCCGAGGGCAUCCUCGCCUCCCUCGCUAGAGUAGAG